AGGACCCAGUCUCUGGAUUGGUACUAUAAUAAUGUCAAAAGCCGGUUUAAGUGUUUUGGAAGUGCCAAAGUCCUGAAGAACUUAUACAAGAAGCAUAGACUGGAGAGCGGAGUUUGUCCUGAUGUAACAGAAGGAGGUUUUUUUGAAGGAAGCUUUGAAAAUGAAGGAAGCAUUUGUGGCAGUGACUCUACAUUCUACCGACAGACAGAAGGACACAGCAUGAUGGAUACCCUUGCUGUGGCCUUACGUGUUGCAGAGGAAGCAGUGGAAGAAGCUAUUUCUAAGGCAGAGACCUACAGUGAUAGCCUGGACAAGCAGAACGAGGCUUGUUACUUGCAGGAGCACAAGGAGGACCUCAUAGAAGAGCUAGCCACAACCAUCGUGCAGAAGAUUAUAAAGAAGCAGAAAAACAAAACUGAGCAGGCUGAGGCUGACUUUGAAUGGCCACCAUCCAGGAGCAGUGGCCUGGCAUCUGUUGCUGUCUCAGAUCAGAGUAUGCUGACUUUUCCAGGGAGCCGCAGGGGGUCCUACACCUUAUGGAGGUCUCAGUCUGCAUUCUCCCUGGCUAGUGAAGAUAUGCCCAGUAAAGGACUUGACCCUGCAUCAUCUGUGACUGAGGCUCUUUGGAGGCAGCAAAAAGGACAUUUCAGGAAACAGAAGGAACGCAAGCUCUCUGCAUUACCCAGCUGGAAAAGUGUGGACAGGCUAAAUGAAACAAAUCCACCUUCUGUUUUUCAAAGCACUGAUGGAAACUGGGUAGCUUUGCAGAAUGUCACUUUGCCUCGUCCUCGAAUGCUUGCCAAACCAAAGAGUCAAGUAUUCGAAGCUUUGGAGAAUGAAUCCAGCGUUGUGUCUGCCUAUGAUGAGAUGGGCUCAGACAGCGAGGAUGACUACGACUGGAAUGUGGCCUUGAACAAGCUGCGUCGGAGACCUCGGCAAUUACCAGACGAUUUCUAUUAUACCAAUUCCCAAUAUGGUACUGAAUGGGUUUAUGGCAAUGAUCAGUAUCAGGCAGUGACCUCCCCUUCCUCUGGGUUAUACACCAAUACUGAGACACUGCUCUCCGAUUCUGAAACAUCUUCAGUAAACUCUUCCCAGGAAGCUAAAGGACCUAGCAAACUUCUCUGGUUACAAAGCAGAACUCAAAGUGAUAUGCCCAGAAUGGAAACAAAACAUUUCCACGGAGAGCUGGAUGUAAAUUUCAAUCCACAGGCAACCAGCUUGGCGUAUUCAGACAGCAGUGAGACUGAAGAAGUCCAUUAUGAUUUAGAAAAGAGAUCAAGAAGAUGGAGGAAGAGCAAAGCAAUUUCUGAAGAAUUAUGUGAAGGAAAAAAUCGCACAAAAACCAACCAGAUGAAUUUAAGUCAG